AUGUUCUACGUGCAUCUGCUGGUCAACAAGCGCGGGCCCCUGGCCAAGAUCUGGCUCGCUGCCCACUGGGAGAAGAAGCUCACCAAAGCUCAUAUCUUCGAGUGCAAUUUAGAGACCACCGUUGAAAGGAUCAUGUCUGCAAAGUUUACAAUAGCUCUGCGAACCUCUGGGCACUUACUCCUUGGAGUAGUGAGGAUUUACCACAGGAAAGCAAAGUACCUCUUGGCAGACUGUACUGAAGCUCUGACAAAAAUGAAGACAGCUUUUCGCCCGGGACUUGUUGACCUUCCACAAGAAGUCUCUGAAGCUGCUUAUCAGUCCAUCACAUUGCCUGAAGAAUUUCAUGAUUUUGAAACAACGUUACCUGAUUUAAAUGCCAUUGAUGUUGCUGAGCAUUUUGCCUUGAAUCAGAGCAGAGCUGAAGACAUCACACUAGCAGAGGAUUAUGAAAGCAAUAUACUUCUCUGUGAUAGAAACUUUGAAAUCCUGUUGAGGGAUGAGCCAAAUGGCCUGGAGAGAGACAUUCUUGACCUGGAGGAACAACAUCAUUUGCCACAGGACCUGCCAGAGAAGAGCACAGCCAUUGAGUCCAAUUGUGCAGACACCAACAUUAAGGAAGUCAGUCAUCCAACAAACAAGACAGUGCUGUUCCUGAGGGAAGAAGAAGGAUUUGUGCUUGAGCCUGUUGAUGAUACAGGUGUCACCCAGAGGAAAAAAAAUAAAAGAAAGAGGAAGUUGCUUGUGGAUGUAGAGAAGGAACUUAGCUGCAAAGCUAUAUACAACCAACUGAACAACUGCACAGACAUCCUUGCUACAUUGGACCUAGCACCCCCAACAAAAAAAACCAUGAUGUGGAAGAAGUCAGGAGGUGUGGAUAAACUUCUGGCCCACGCGGCGCAGCCUGUGGUUCAUGCCAAGCUGCAAAUGUUGUUUGCAAAAUGCUUCAAGAGUAACGGAUUGGGGCUGGGAAGGAAUGGGAUGGAGGAGGAGCCUGAAAUUGAAGAAACAAGAAACGAGCAAGAUACCACAGAGAUGCUGAUAGAAGAGCCAAGUUCCCUGCAGGAGGCAGCUCAUUCUGAGACUGAGAUUAAAGAUAGAAAUGAUUCGUUUAUGUUGACAUCACAGAAUAAAAGAAAUGAAGCUGAUGACAACUGUGGUGCAACUCUAGAAGGAGCAGCUUUCUCAGAGAGCUCCUCCCUGGCCACCCACUCCCUGGGCCCAGCAGGUGAACCCCAGCCAGCAGAGUCAGCCAAGGAACAGGUACCCAAAGAGCUAACAAGGAAUGGGAAAGACUGUGAAGAAACAAGAAGCAAAAGAACUCUUCAGUUCUUAAGAACUUUACAGCACCUGAAGAGCUCAGGCAUGAAUUCCUUCAGCUUCCAGGAGCUCUGCUGGAAAAGCAGCCGGAAUGAAGCAGCAGCCAAGUUUUACACCCUUCUGGUCCUGAAGAAGCAGUUGGUUAUUGAGCUUCAUCAGAGUGCUCCCUUCACAGACAUCACAGCCACCCCGGGCCUCAUGUUCAGCACUUACUGA